CAAUGGCUGUACUAGAAAAGAGAAACCACACGCAAAUCACAGAGUUCCUACUUGUAGGUUUUGAAACUUUUCCAGAGCUGCAGAUAACCCUCUUUGUGGUAUUCUUCAUCAUCUACCUAGCAACCGUUGCUGGGAACCUUCUCCUCAUUCUUACUGUGUGGACUGACCGUCACCUGCACACGCCCAUGUAUUUCUUCCUCAGCAAUUUAUCUUUCCUGGAAACUGGCUACAUCUCCAAUAUCAUCCCCAGGCUCCUGGUGAGUCUUGCAACAGCUGUGUUGAAGCUUCCAUGUACUGACACCAGCCUGAUAGAGAUGGCAGCUCUAAUCUCCUCUUCCACCGUAUUAGUGAUGCCGUUUGUCCUGACCAUCAUGUCCUACGUCUAUAUCAUCCUGACCAUCCUGAGACUCCCAUCCACCACUGGGAGGAAAAAAGCCUUUUCCACCUGCUCCUCUCACCUCAUUGUUGUCUCAACUUUCUAUGGAGCGCUGAUCAUCAUGUAUGUGGUCCCAUCCGGAAACCAGUCUCUGGAUUUCAACAAGGCGUUCUCACUGCUCUACAUAGUGGUGACUCCUAUGCUCAACCCCAUUGUCUACAGCUUUAGGAACCAGGAGGUGAAAGAUGCCUUGAGCAGAUCUAUCACUAAAAUGUGGUAUUCCAUCAAAAUGUAGCUUUUGCUAAAUUCCUUUUUGUUUGAAUGAAAUUUUAAGGGAGGAAAAGGUAGGAGUGAAAUUUACAUGUCAGACUGUCCAACAAUGUCUUUCUUUGUCUCAAAUUCUUUAUUUUUCCUCACUGUUUCAGUUAUUGCCUUAAAUGUGAUCUGAAAAUGGUUAAGAGAAGGUCAUUUUAUUAAUGAUGCAUAAAGAAGGCCUAACAUUUUUUUGUAACGGUUCUUGGCUGUGAUUUUAAAAGGGGCCUAGUGGAGCUGGGUACCCAACUCUUGCUGAAAGUCCACACAAUCUCCACAAUCUUACCUUAUCAAAACAAUAUAG